UAACCAAACUACUAGAACAGCAUAAUUCCACACACCAAUUUUAUCUCGGAAAAAUGGCAGAUUUACAAAAAACAAAAGACUUAUUAGAUAUUACAGACAGUACAUAUCAUAUAACUUCCACAGAGACAACAUCAUCUAAUCCAACAGCUGGUGGGUUCAUACAAAACCAAAUUUUAUCAUCUCUACCAUUUUACUAUGAUAGAAAUGGCGCAAUGAAAGAAGAGUCGACCGAAUCUGAAGUAUAUUCAGCUUCAUAUAGGAUAGCACAAUGUCACAUAUUUCCACAAAAUACACUUCUACCGUUAACGACAGCAGUAACAACUGCAACAACACAUAUAAGAUCAUCAGAAUCACUUAAAAAACAUUCGGACACUUCCAGAACAAACGAGAAAGUAACAGUGAGACAAUUCACCGAAUUAAAUAAUUGUCAAGAUGCCUCUGAAGGAAGACACUUUUACGUAGAAGAUCACAGUAUACUAGAAAGGAUAGAGAACAGUCAUCCAAUCGCAACAACAUCCUCAUCAACAAGGCCAGGUAUUAACCAACAGCAUUAUUACGACAGCUUUCAUCAUCAAAAUCUAAAAAGUAACCAGUAUAAUUCCAGAGAAGUGCACAAAGAAUCACAUUUGAAAAGUAAUAACAAUUUGAAUGCAACUCGCAGUGGUAAAUUAUCACUUCCUGGGGCAUCAAUACUGGAAACAAUAACAAGAACGAAAAUGACACCAACGACAACAACAGCAACAAGUAUUAAGUCGGUACAACCUUUUAAAUGGUUACAGAUAAAACGACAGCAGCCACGUCAUCAUAUUAACACUAUAUCCACAUCUAGAACAGCAGCAAUCAGAAGAUAUGAUGCUCCAAGAUCUAUUUCUUCAUCUCGCUCAGCAAGCUUCGUAUUCGAUGAUCCAAAGCUUCAAGAAAGUACUCAGAGCAGUAGGAAUAAUCUAGUAUCACACAAAAAAGAUUCUUCUUUAUGGGUUUCUGACUUAUCUAAUUAUAAGAAUCCUAGCCAAAUGUGGAAAAAUAAUACUUAUGAGACAAAUCGUCGAAUGAAACAAAAAAAGCGUCUACGUGAUAAGAUCUUGGGAAACUCGAAAGAAAACGAAGACUUCUCAUCAUUGACAACUAGCCCUCCACCUUCAGCAUCAACUGUUUCACGAAAUAUAAUAACUACAUGGAAUGUAACGGAUGCUCAUGUUACAAUGAACAGACGACUUGUACGAGAAAUGACACAUCUAGGUAACAGUCGUACCAGUCCCACUACUAAUCCUGCAAGUAGUUAUGACGAUGGAAGUAUUUAUUGCAACAAACGUUUCAUGAAUGAUAAUACUCAUGAUUUAUACAACCACUUAGUGGUUGAUCCUAUAAAUAUUUUUACAAACAACAAUCACCAGAAUACUCCCCCUUCUGAUAACUUGCAGCAAAAAUUUACAAGUGUAUGGAAUUCAUUUUUAUCGUCAGUAACAGCAGGGAAAUGUAAAUAA